UUGCUCAUGUGCCAACCAGGGCCGGGGAUUGAGCCUGUAUCAGAGGUUGUAGACAAUUUGUGAGAUGGGUGACUUGGAAGAUGACGAUGUCCCCCAGCUUUCUUCCCACGCCUUAACAGCUCUCCAGGAAUUUUAUGCUGAGAAGAAUCAACACACCGACCCAGGUGGGGAUGACAAAUACAGUGUUGGGAGAAUAGAAGAGAACUGGCAAUUGAGCCAGUUUUGGUACAAUCAGGAAACUGCGUUGAGGCUUGCUAAGGAAGCAAUUGCAGUUGCUGGGGAAGGUGGAAGGAUAGCCUGUGUGAGCACCCCCAGUGUUUACCAGAAACUCAGAGAGCUGCACAGAGAAGACGUGGCUGUAUACAUCUUUGAGUACGACAGAAGAUUUGCCAUUUAUGGAGAGGAGUUUAUCUUCUAUGAUUACAAUAAUCCACUGAACUUCCCUGUAAACAUUGUCCCUCAUAGUUUUGACAUUGUCAUAGCAGAUCCCCCCUAUCUUUCUGAGGAAUGUCUCAGGAAAACCUCAGAAACCAUCAAGUACCUGACUCAAGACAAGAUUCUGCUGUGCACAGGUUCAUCUGGUCUGUUCUCUUCAGGCGCCGUCAUGGAGGAAGAGGCAGCAAAACUUCUUGAAGUGAAGAUGUGCAAGUUUAUUCCAAAGCACACCCGGACCUUGGCGAAUGAGUUUCGCUGUUACGUGAAUUAUGACUCUGGGCUAAACUAUGAUGUGUAAAUGCAGACAGUGUAUAAAGCAGGAAAGGACCCUGUGUGA